AUGAAAGCAUCCUCGAGACUACGCUCAUUCAUAGUGUUCUAUAGUAAAUGUGUCGACUUCAAUCCUUCUACUCGUACUGUAUUUACUUCGUCUCUCUUGGGAAGUGAGAAGAAGGACGCUGCAACAUUUGAUAACGAAUUUCUGGCCGAAAUUGAGAAGAAGAUCAUCAGAAAUAGACAAAUCUUAAGGAGACACUCUUUAUCCCACAUCAAGGCGCGAGAGCUUAGCUCAUCUAUCGCUAACUUGAAUAUUUCAAUGAAUAAUGCACAGCAGAAGCGUCGUGAGGCAUUUGAGUCACCAGCCAAUUCUAGGGAAUGGAUCAUGUCAUUUACGUCAGUGCGUCGCGAUUCGGACUCCGUUGAAAACGUACCUAUUCAAUUGUCCAGAGGGCGCUUCACGAUUUCUUCCGCAACUGCGCAUGAAGUCACUCAAUCAACAUGGGAUAACAUUGCUGGUAUAUCGUCAAUUUUGCUAUCAAAGGAGACCAACUGCUUACCUACACGUUUACAUGGUGCUAUGAACGUGAAGCAUUUCCUCGAAUGUAUUCGACCAUUUCAAGAUUCUGACUAUGGUUCAACAAAGUACCCCUCCCAGGUUGAAGAAAGACCUUAUACCUUGGAAAGUUAUGAGGACGCCGCACUAAGAGUAACGUAUCUGCCGUUGAGUGCUCCUCUUCAUGACUCAGAUAGCAAGGCGGACUCUUUGAAUGUGGCAUAUCUUAUUGAGUUGAAAACACCUCCAAGAAGGAUUGAUCCACUGAAGCUGAUUGCACAUAAGGUAGCUUACAGUACUCUUUUUUUCGCAUCUCGUCACUUAUUACAAUGUUGGCAGGUUCCUAAAGGACCUCUCAUAGGGAAGCUCAAAAAUGGUGACACCGUAGAGCUCCCUGAUGGGCGGAAGAUACGGCCUACUGAUGUGUUCUCAGACGAGGCUCCUAAGGAAGAAAAAUCCAGAGCUCUCGUGUUUGAAUGCUCGGGUGAAGCUCACAUCAAGGCUUUAUAUGAAAACUCAGUUUUGCAGGAUUUUAUGACCGGAUCCUCCCACAUUGACUACGCCGUCCACCUGAGCGAUCAGAGCGUCAUUCAAUUACCAUCUUACGCAAAAUUUGUUGCUAGUCUAGGAGAGAAAUGUAGUCAUGUCGUUGUGAACGAAUCUUGUCCGUUUGUGCCAGGAAUUGAGAGCAUUUUCAGAAAUCAUCGCUUGCUCAACAAAAUUUGUCCAGAUUUGUUCCCACAGUUACAUCCGUUGGGUUGGACCGGCCUUGUCACACAAGGGAGUGAACUUGCUGUACAUGAUGGAGUAUACAUCAAGGCAGCACCUUUGCAGCGGUUCUGGAUGAGGAUGGGAGAAGCGAGGCAGUUGCGCGCGUCUUCUUCCUCUGAAGGCGAAUACCCACGAGUUUCUUUCUUGGGGACGUCCUCGGCGGUUCAUCCAAAUACCGAGCACGUUAGCAGCUACCUUUUGGAGGCCAGUUCAUUAUCAGCUAUACUUGUUGAUGUGGGCGAAGGCACAUAUGGGCAACUACGAGUUUUACUUGGGAAUCAAGGAUGUUCAGAGAUUCUAGGGAAUGGAUCAUGUCAUUUACGUCAGUGCGUCGCGAUUCGGACUCCGUUGAAAACGUACCUAUUCAAUUGUCCAGAGGGCGCUUCACGAUUUCUUCCGCAACUGCGCAUGAAGUCACUCAAUGUGAAUGACAUAUUCAUUACAAGAUCAACAUGGGAUAACAUUGCUGGUAUAUCGUCAAUUUUGCUAUCAAAGGAGACCAACUGCUUACCUACACGUUUACAUGGUGCUAUGAACGUGAAGCAUUUCCUCGAAUGUAUUCGACCAUUUCAAGAUUCUGACUAUGGUUCAACAAAGUACCCCUCCCAGGUUGAAGAAAGACCUUAUACCUUGGAAAGUUAUGAGGACGCCGCACUAAGAGUAACGUAUCUGCCGUUGAGUGCUCCUCUUCAUGACUCAGAUAGCAAGGCGGACUCUUUGAAUGUGGCAUAUCUUAUUGAGUUGAAAACACCUCCAAGAAGGAUUGAUCCACUGAAGCUGAUUGCACAUAAGGUUCCUAAAGGACCUCUCAUAGGGAAGCUCAAAAAUGGUGACACCGUAGAGCUCCCUGAUGGGCGGAAGAUACGGCCUACUGAUGUGUUCUCAGACGAGGCUCCUAAGGAAGAAAAAUCCAGAGCUCUCGUGUUUGAAUGCUCGGGUGAAGCUCACAUCAAGGCUUUAUAUGAAAACUCAGUUUUGCAGGAUUUUAUGGCCGGAUCCUCCCACAUUGACUACGCCGUCCAUCUGAGCGAUCAGAGCGUCAUUCAAUUACCAUCUUACGCAAAAUUUGUUGCUAGUCUAGGAGAGAAAUGUAGUCAUGUCGUUGUGAACGAAUCUUGUCCGUUUGUGCCAGGAAUUGAGAGCAUUUUCAGAAAUCAUCGCUUGCUCAACAAAAUUUGUCCAGAUUUGUUCCCACAGUUACAUCCGUUGGGUUGGACCGGCCUUGUCACACAAGGGAGUGAACUUGCUGUACAUGAUGGAGUAUACAUCAAGGCAGCACCUUUGCAGCGGUUCUGGAUGAGGAUGGGAGGAAAUGGAGAAGAACCCAUCAUUGCUGACCUGCGUGACACAGCUUCAAAUUUCACGGACGCAGCGCAGAAGUUGAUAGGGGAUCUUCAUGAAGAAGCGAGGCAGUUGCGCGCGUCUUCUUCCUCUGAAGGCGAAUACCCACGAGUUUCUUUCUUGGGGACGUCCUCGGCGGUUCCAUCCAAAUACCGCAACGUUAGCAGCUACCUUUUGGAGGCCAGUUCAUCAUCAGCUAUACUUGUUGAUGUGGGCGAAGGCACAUAUGGGCAACUACGAGUUUUACUUGGGAAUCAAGGAUGCUCAGAGUUGCUGUGCAAAUUGAACGCUGUUUUUAUCACGCAUGCUCAUCAGGAUCAUAUGAAUGGCUUAUACACAAUCAUUGAACGGCGUAAAGAAGCGAUUGAAGGAGCUGGAGGUCAAUAUACGCCUUUGGUCUUAGUCUGCAAUCGAAAUGUCUUGAAGCCGUUGAAAACAUACUCAAUGUGUUUCUCGGACCUCGAAUCUCUAGUGGAAAUAGUUGACAUUUCAAGGCAUCCUAUUACUCCUCCAGCGAGAUGCUCUUACAUGUUAUCACCCGGACUACGCGUACCCAUUGUUCAAGCAAGAGGCAAGGUCGCUGAUUCUGUCAUCCACGAAGCUACAUUCGAAGAUGGGCAUGAGGCCGAUGCUCUAAGAAAGAAACAUUCGACGAUGGGUCAGGCUGUUGAAAUCGGUCGCAAGAUGAAAGCACGAAAUGUUAUUCUGACCCACUUUAGUGCAAGAUAUCCGAAGGUUCCCGAGCUUCCAGCUUAUCUUGAGAAAUGCGGUAAUGUUGGCGUAGCCAUGGAUAAUUUGAGCGUCCGGUUCGACCAUCUAGCUUUGGUGCCAAAACUGAUACCAAUCUUUAGGGAGGUUUAUCAGGAAGAGCUGUUUGAGAUAGAGCUACGAAAGGAGUCUCGCAAUUUCAAACAAAAGGAAGAACGUGAAUCCAAACAGAAGUCAGAGCUGAAAGCGCGAGAAAACACAGUGGCAAAUUAG